GUGAGUGCGUGCACGGCGGCUGAGUUAACUUCCGCAAACUAAUAUGAACCAGACGCGAAAGCUCGGUUAAGUGUUCACACAUCAUCGUUUGAAAAAGAGACUCAGCCAAAAUGUCGGAUUCAGACGCUGACUCUGAUUACGACUGUGAAGAAAUCAGCCAGCACAUCGGUUUUAAUCUGAAGGACUUUCAGAACACUGCUGUGAUAACUAUACAACCAUCAGAGGAAGUUUAUGAAAAAUGGACCCAAAUCCCCACUGAGGUCAAACAGGAAGCUAACCUGCUGAUGAAACUUAGUGCUUUCUGGCUUCCCAUACUGCUGCGGCAAGAUAACUUUGGCAUUGUUGUUCGCUGGGCUGCAGAUAUACAUAUAAUCGAUCCACAUGACAGGGAUCACAUGAGUCUGAAGCACCUGAAGAGGAUAGAAAUAUUGGAAGCAAUUUUCAGAGCUUUGGAGAGAGGAAGUGUGAAAAAGCCCCACUCUAAGCAACUUUUCUGGAUAAGCAAAAAGCUUAACUUGCGUUCCCCAGAGGUUUUCGAGGAUGCUUUACAGUUUUUGGAGCGGACAGGAGAACCUAAUAUCCGCUCGCGCGUCAUGGAUCUGGGCCAUCAAAACGUCCGCUUUGUAGUCCUGCACCUCAUCUUCACAGAGUUUGCUCAAUAUUUGUGGGAAAUGGGUGCCAAAAGGGAGAAGACGAUGACGGAACUGAAAACUCAAACGGGUGAAGGUGACAAAAAGAGAAGUGAAGAAAUGAAGAGGAAGGGAAAUGAUUACUUUCAGAAAAAUCAGUAUGAAGACGCUCUGAAGUUUUACUCCAAAGCUAUCAAAUACUACCCUGAAAACCACAAACUGUAUGGAAACAGAGCCCUGUGCUUUAUCAAAUGCAACAAGUAUCUACAAGCGGUUGGUGAUGGAAAACGUGCUACUAUGAUAAAACCAUCCUGGGCAAAGGGUCACUACCGAUUCUGUGAGGCGUUGUUCCUCUUGGGAAAGGUCGAAAUGGCGAUUGAAAAAAACGUUUCAGCCCAGCGUUUGUGUAAAGGUAAUCAAGAGGGACUCAGAGAACUGGAACACCAACACCGGAAAUUCACUGGAACGGAGGAACCCAGAGAUGAACAGAUACAGAUCAAUGACAGCCCAGACAGCACUGACGGACCAGAUCCACCGGAGUCACCACUACCGCCUGUAAAAGGUUAUACUAAGAUUACUCCACCAUCGUCAUCAGCAUCACCAGGAAAACCACAAAGUUUAUUCUGCGGGCUUGUAGUGAAUAUGCCGACCGAACGUGUGAAAAAAGAAAAUACGUCGGCGCCAAAGGCGGAAGUCAGCACUAAACCUAAACCUAACCCUAACCCCAAACCAUCUAAAAGUGAGUUUUCUGCAAAGAAUGGAAAAGGAGACUCCAACCCAGCACCAAAAAAGAAAUCAAAGAGCAAAAAUGUUCAGUCUGAAGAUGAGAAAGUCACUGAUAGUAAAUCAGAUGCGUGUAAAGAGAUGAGAUCCUUGGUGCAGGACGCUCACACCGCCCUGACCGACCUCCGCAGCCGCAACGCUGAGCAGGCCUUCAGCCAGGCACUGGCCUUACUGGAUACCAGUACACCCAAGGAUUUUGGACUUUCCACAGUGGAUGUGCUGUUGUUGCUGUACGGCCAUGCAUCCGCCCUGACAGAAAUUGGCCAGCCUGAGGAACUUUCACAAGCGCAAAGACUUCUGGAAAAGAUGAAGUCAUUUGAGGAGAGGAAGUUUCAGUGUCUGGUUUACUACGCCAUUGGGAAGGUGUAUGUCAAAGAGAACAGGUUUGCGGUUGCUCUGGAGCAGUUUUCAGAUUCCCUGCAGAUGGUCAAGAAUCAAAUAACACCGGGUAAACUCACGUGGCCUUUAACAACAGAGAUUGUCAAAGAAACGCAGCCAGACUAUUUCAAGGAAAUUCUGGAGAGUGCUAUUGAGUUGUGUAAAUUUCCGCCUAUUCCUGAUGCCAUUUGUCGACAUGAGAAAUGCAAUGGCCAUUUGAAAACGGAAAUCUACUUCACUGACCCAGAUUUUAAGGGCUUCAUUCAAAUACACUGCUGUCAGAGCUGCGUCGUUGAAUACCACAUCAGCUGUUGGAAGUCGCUCAAGACAUCGACCUUCUUUGAAAAGAAUGAAAAGGAUUUCCUGCAAGAAGCGUGUUUGACUCCAGACUGUGUCGGUAAAAUCUGUAAUAUCAGAAUCUACGGUCCAACAGGCCUGGUGAAAUGCAAGUUUGAAGCUGACAUCACUAAACCUCAGAAUCCAAAGAAGCCAAAAGUGAAUCAGAAAUGUACAAGUCUGAAGAAGUUAAAAUCAAAGGAAGAGCGCAGACUCAAGAGGAAGCAACAUAAGCAGUCGUUUCAAAAUUUGCAGACUAUCAAUGACGAGAUUCUGCUUCAGGAAGAAGACUCAGACACUCAGAGCCAACAGAAAGCCUGGUUGCUGUACAGGGAUCGAGCUCUUCUGCAGAUCAACCAGAACUUGGAGCUGCUGAGGGAGGAAAAAGGCCUCCCUGUGUCAACCCUGACCAGCAGUCUGAAGCCCUGGCUGGAGCUGGACUUGUCAAGGGGCAACAAGAUAGCUGGAAGGAUCCUGAACUGUCAACAGGAGAAAUUGGAGACUCUAGGUCAGAUUGUUGAACUGCUCCUAGAGAGGAAGAACCGGGUUUGGGCUCGUGUCCUCAUCCAUUUACUGUCUGACUGUCCGGAAACAAAUCCCAAACUGAACAACUGGGCGUGUCAGCUUAAUGAUGCAGGUCUGAAUGCUGCCAAAUCCUUCAUUGACCGCAAUGCCGAACACCUGGAGCAGCUGGAUCUGGCUCUUCUGCUCAACUUUGGCCCGUUGCAGGAGUUGAUUAUAGAGAAACUCGGUACAAGGCCUGAACUUUUUUCAAGCAUUGGCUUGACUGUGACUGAAUACCUAAAACAGGCCCCACCACAUGAUAUGAGACUGUUUAUCUGGACCCUGGAGGAGCAUAGGGAUGAGUAUGAGUCCUGCCACACCAUACUCGAUGAGUAUUUUGAUAUGAUGGAUGGACAUUGUUCAGUCCUAAAAAAGUCUGAUGAAAAUAAUUCUCCUAUGAAGGCUAAGAGUCGAGGACGGAAAAAGAAACCGAAAGAGCCAAAGGGUGUUAUUGUUUUGUCUGGGAUGAGAGGUGUAACUCCAAGAGACGAGUGGGACCAAGACUUUUUUGAAGAAGACUCUUUAUCAUUCCUUCAUCCUGUUGAUCAGUUUGGUGUACCCAGUUACCUUCGAGAGCAAGUGGACGAUUUUGAAGAGCAGUACAACAGCACCAGGCAACAAAAUCACUUUAAAAAGAUUUUGGACAACAACCCUGACCAAACAAAAGAGACUUUGUAUGACUACUUUGCUCAGAUCUUGGAAGAGCACGGCCCCCUGGUUGCUGAGGACCCCCUGCUGGUGGGUGAAGUUGAAAAUUUCCCUCCUGUGGCUCAGCUGAAGAUCCAAGAAUCUGGCGGCUUUGAGAACUUCCUCCUGGAGUCUCUUCGCUUCAUAAAGAUAGGGAGGUGUAUCGGUCUGGCUAAGCACGCCGUUUCCCUGCAGCAUGCUGAACAUGGAUCCAGCCUGGAUGAUCUGGAUGACUUAGGGGAUCCUGACACAAACUCUUCACCUGCUGAUCUGGUAACAGCUUAUGAUCCAGAGAUCACAAACUAUCUGAACAAUUAUUCAUCUGCAGAGACUGAAGUCUAUCCUGUCCUCCCAAAUCCAUAUGCAUUAAGCUCUGCUUUUGAUCCCUUCUCCUUUUGGACUAACAGCAAAGACCUUGACAGUCAACAGCAUGGUCUUUACUUACCUAAUGUUUAUAAGAUGCUAUAUCCUAAUGGAUAUGACGAAAAUGUUAGUCUUUGGGAAACUGAUUCAUCUUCAGGUGGAAUCGCUUCAGUGACGCGUGAGGAACGUUUUUUGAUGAAAGAUGAAGCAGUGCAGACGUGUCCAGAGACCAUGAGGAGUGUAGCGGUGAAUACAGAGCCUCAUGAGCCUUUUGAGAAGUGUCAUGGUGACAUCCACAAAAAAGAAAAGAGCAACAAAGAGUUAAAGGAGAAGAUUGAUGAAAUGACAAAUGGCAGUAACAAAGUCAAUCUUAGGCACAAAGAAGAGAUCAACUUAAUCGAGGAAGAAACACGAAAGAUCAAUGUCAACAUUCAAAUGACCAAUAAGGAGCUGUCACUGCUCCAGCAAAAGCUGGAGGAGGAGGUGAGGAAGGACCAGAAGGAGAAGAAAGCCAACCAGGAGGUGCUGAAGUCCCUGAAGCUGGAGAUAGAACAGUUGGUGAUGGAACAAGGGAGUCUCACCCUAAACAUCAGAGCAAAGAAAACCAGUUAUGAAGGGAAGCAGAGUAAUUUCUCAGAGCUGAGCAAUCAGGUAGCUGCUGAGAAGAUGAGUCUGGAGGACGAGAUCAAGAGAUGUAAAGUAUUGUUCAAAUCAGCCAAUAGGAGAUCUCGUACAGCUAAGCUGUUGAUCAUGGAGAGCAGCCGGGAUCAGGGUCUGUACGGCCUCUACAGAGAGCUGGCAGACGCCAAAGCUUUAUUGACCAAACUGGAUGAAAUGGUACACAGAUUUCCAUCUCAAGAACUUGAAACUACAAGAAAGAGUUGUAGAGGCAAUGUCCAAGAUGUUGAAAAGAAAAUAUCCACUGCUGAGACGCAGUACAAAGAGCACAUGGAAAAAGUGAAGAAUGGCAUUGAGCCGCGUUCAGUCAACAACACCAAACAGCCUGUACCGCCAGUUAAACCGCUAUUGGUGGCAGCCAAAGAGGUUACUCAUCAGUCUUCAGCGGCGGCCUCUCACAGAUCUUCCCCGCUCAGCCAACAGUCAGCUCCAGCUGCAGCUGCAGCUGAGGUGCCGGCUGCUCCACCUCAGAAGCAGCACAAAUAUCCGACCAGGACACUGGAGCCUCCACACAGCACUGUGUUUGAGAAGGCCAUGGAGCGUCUGUCCACCAUUUUCCCCGACUAUACAAGGUCGGACUUGAUGAAGUUUGCUCAAGAGCUGCGUUCAUCCAGUGGGGGAAGUCUUAACAGCAUGACGUUGCAGGGUGUGGUCGGUGGAGUGACGCAGCUCAUCCUGGACCAUCAGGAGAAGCUCAUUUCUGCCAGAUCCAACGCCAUGGGGCGUGGGAGUCCAGCUCAUAGAGCUACGCCCCCUUUGGUAAAUCAGCCCCCGGUCUGGCAGCAACUUGGAUCUCACAAAGUCUCACACUUCAACGCACUGAACGUGGAGGAUCCCUGCAUUAUUUGUCACGAUGACAUGAGUCCAGAUGACAUGUGUGUGCUGGAGUGCAGACACAGCUUCCACAAAGAGUGUAUAAAGUCGUGGCUGAAGGAGCAGAGCACCUGUCCCACCUGCAGAGAUCACACCUUGCUGCCUGAUGAAUUUCCCGUGCUGCCCGGCAGGAGACGCCAAGCACCAUAAUGCCUUAAUCAUGUUCUCCUUAAUCCUUACUACUUUGUUUUUGUUUUUAUUUCAUCAAUUAUAUCAUUAAAUAUAAUGACAAUAAAGACACUUUGACUUUUGA